AUGAUGGAAGAAGAGUGUCUCUCGGAGGUCGAAUCUCUUCAUGUCAUUCAGGACAUCGACGCACUCCAGCAGCAAGGCAUCAACGCCUCGGAUAUCAACAAGAUCAAGUCGGCUGGAAUUUGCACCGUGCGAGGAUUGAAGAUGAUCACCAAGAAGCGUCUUUGCGAGAUCAAAGGCAUCUCUGAAGCCAAAGUCGACAAGAUUAAAGAAGCUGCGAACAAAUUAGAGGCCGAUAACUUUAUCACGGGCUACGACUUCGCUGAAAAACGCAAAGCCUGUUUCAAGAUUUCGACUGGCUCGACCGAGCUUGAUCGAAUUCUUGGUGGUGGGAUUGAGUCCAUGGCCAUCACCGAAGUAUUCGGCGAGUUUCGAACUGGAAAGACGCAAUUGGCGCAUACACUUUGCGUCACUACACAAAUGCCCGGCAUUGGUCAUUCUGGAGGCAAGGUCGCGUACAUCGACACUGAAAAUACAUUCCGACCGGACCGACUCCGCCCUAUCGCUGCUAGAUUCAACCUCGACGCCGAUGCCAUUCUCCAAAAUGUCGUCUACGCGAGAGCAUUCACGAGCGAGCAUCAAAUGGAGCUCCUAGAUCUCGUCGCGGCGCAGUUUUACUCAGAGCCAGGAGUAUUCAAGUUGCUCGUGAUUGAUUCCAUCAUUGGCCUCUUUCGCGUCGACUUUAGUGGACGAGGAGAGCUCUCUGAGCGGCAACAAAAGCUGGCUCAGAUGCUCAGCAAGGUUCAAAAGAUCAGCGAAGAAUACAACGUAGUCGUCUACAUCACCAACCAAAUGACUGCUGAUCCCGGCGCUGGAAUGACCUUCCAGAUCGACCCGAAGAAACCCGUUGGAGGCAACAUCCUUGCCCACGCCUCUCAAACUCGAAUAAUGCUCCGCAAAGGACGUGGCGAGCUCCGCGUUGCCAAGAUUUAUGACUCUCCUGACAUGCCUGAGUCUGAGGCAACUUUUGCAAUCACUGAAGCUGGCAUCAACGACCCAGCUGAUUAA